UGUCGGUGUUUCACUCACUAGCCGUUCCCCACGUCAAACUUCCUCGUCGUAUUUCCGUUCUUAUUACUUGUGUGUGUUACGGGUCGGUUCCGUGCCUACUUUUUCGACGGGCCAAUCGCGAGCAUGGAUGAGAUAGCCUGCGACGCGCUCACUAGUCCAGCCAAUCGCCUCACAGACGAUCAUCUGCGCCUCGUUUUCCGCUUCUUGGCUUCCCGCGCCGACCCGCUGAACCACGCGCGUUACUAUGCUCCUAGCACCGCCGCGCCGCAACGGUCGGCUUCCUUCGGCGACUCCGCGUCGCUCAACCACGCGGUUGUCUGUAAGCGAUGGCGCCGCCUCGCGCUGCUCGAGCUAUCCUCCGUUACAGUCACAUCCGGUUCUGCCACCUCCUCCCGCCGCCUCAUGCGGUCGCUCUCGCGUUAUCCUAGUCUCACCCGUCUGCAUCUCGAACGGGAGAGCCUCGACUUUAUCGAUGACGCUUUUAUCGAAGCAAUCGGAAGACACUGUAGCAAGUUGGUUACCCUGUCCCUGUACGCGAUUGAAGAAGCUGCUUGUAGCGGACAGCGAGGUCAACGGAGUCAACUGUGUCUGACACGUCAGACUGGGGAUGAGCACCGGGAGGACCAAAGAAACCAUCUGCCCGGAAUUACAGAGCAAGCAGUAGACGUGUUAUUCAGAAGCUGUACGCGAUUAGAGCAUCUUCUUUUGCAUUGCGCGCAGUACAUCAACUCGAUUCCUCCCUCCAUCUCCACCCUAACGCGUCUUGAAACCCUAGACGUAUCAUCUAUGAGCCUUACUAGACUGCCCGAGGUCAUGUCAGAAAGCCUUACAUCCCUCCAAGUGCUCAGGAUCCUUGCUCCAAGCUUGGAGUUCCUGCCCGUCAACAUCGGGCAUCUGAAAAAUCUCCGGGAGAUGCGUGUCUGCUGUCAGACGCUGCAAUGCUUGCCGCCUCUUUUUGCGCAGCUCGGCUCACUGGAACUCAUUCACAUCACCGGGUGUCAGAAUCUUUUUCAGCUGCCCGACUCUUUCUGCGAUCUUCACACCCUAACAUGGCUACAGAUCGAGGAUUGUGGCCAUCUCUCCUCCCUUCCUCCUUCCCUCCAUUGCCUAACCUCCCUCACUCACUUUCACCUAUCUUCCCUCCCCUCUCUUACUGCCCUCCCCCCAAGCACUGUACAUCUACCAAACCUACAGUCUCUGGGGCUAUGCCUGUCUGACUCAUUCCACGUUCUCCCCCCCUCCUUCCGCCUCCUCUCAUCCCUCACGCGUCUCGAUAUCAGCUGCCCUGGCAUGGACAGCCUGCCCGAGGAUAUCGGUCUGCUGCUGGAGCUGAAAAUUCUGAAGAUCCACUCCAUGGAAGGGCUUGUCAGCCUGCCCGUGUCUCUCGGGCAGCUGGAAAAUUUGCAGCAACUGACCGUCACGAGGUGUCCCAAGCUGAAAUUUCUGUCCCUACCAUGCCCAGAUGCAACGGCCAUGCCAUCGCCACCCCCACUACCAAUACCAUCAUCACCAGCACUCUCCCCCCUCCCCUCCCUCUUAUCUCUUCAUCACAUCUCCAUACGCCACUGCCCCUGCCUCUCCUCCCUCCCCCAGGGGCUUUCCCGCCUCUCCUCUCUCCGCUCCCUCGUUUUAGUCACAUGCCCUCGAUUAAAGGAGCUGCCAGACGGCCUUGCCCACCUCUCCACCCUCCACUCCCUCGUUAUAGUCAACUGCCAGCUUAUAACGCAGCUUCCUGAAGGGCUCUGCCUACUGCCGCAGCUGCAGAGGAUAGUGCUUCGAUAUAGUGACAGCCUGUAUAGUCACAGUGAGGGGGGCGAAGGACUGGCGAUGAGAAAUGUUGAUGAGGGUGCUGAGGGUGUGGGGGUGAAAGGAAUGGAGGAGGAGGAAGGGGAGGUUGUUGGGGAGUGUGCAGAGGAAGAGGAGGAGGAGAAGGAAGAGGAAGGGGAGGAGCAGGAGGAGGAAGGGGAGGAGGAGGGAGCACCAGGAGCCCAGUGGAUGGGUGGAAAGGAGACGGAUAUUGCUGUGCAUCCAUUUACUUCACCUACCUCCCCUCCCUACCCCUCCGCAUCCUCCACUCCUCUCCCUCCCCCUCCUCCUUUCCCCUUUCGCCUCCCCGACCAAACCAGCCGCCUCCACUCCUUGACCUCGCUUAAAGUGAUCGGGUUUCCAGGCCUCUUCAGGGUCCCGGAGUCGCUUGGGCUCCUCAACUCCCUUCGACGGUUGACUCUGCAAGGCUGCUGCUCGAUCCACCUCCCAGCGUCCGUCUCUGCCUUGUGCCGUCUCCAGCACCUCGAGGUUUCUGGCAUGGGCAGCCUGAAGCUGCUUCCUGACGAUCUCGGGCAGCUGCCCGAGCUGAAAACUCUUCACCUGGCCAAUCUCCCCAGUCUGGAGCGCCUACCAGAAGGAAUCGGGCAGCUGAAGAAAGCAAUCGUGGUGGUGUUGCCAGUCGUGGUGAAUGGAAACCAAGCCAUUCUCCCUCCUAUGGCCCCUUUCCCUUCAUUACAGUCACUCACACUCCAAGGAUCCUACCCAUGGGGGGAAAUUACAGCUGGCCCUGUGACUCAGCCUCUCAACAGGGCUUGUGAUUCUUCGGCCUUUAUCUCAUUCCCUGACGCUGUGUUCUCCGCUCUCUCCUCACACGGCACAUUGCACCUCCUGCAUUUUGACCUCUGUCGGAAUCUCACACAGCUUCCCUCCUCCCUCACCUCCCUCUCCUCCCUUCACCACCUCUCACUCUCCAACUUGCCGCAUCUCGCCUCCCUACCUUCCUCCCUCCACCUCCUCUCCUCUCUCCACUCUCUCACACUCGAUACCUGCCCAGCUAUCGCCUCCCUGCCCCCCUCUCUUGCCCUCCUCCCUUCUCUCAAAACGCUCUCUAUUCGCCGGUGCAAAUCACUCAAGUCGCUUCCCGAAUCCACAGCUCCCUAUUUCCCUUCCCUACAGGCGCUCCUGCUCCAUUUCCUCCCCUCGUUAGAGGAACUUCCAUCUUCUUUAACACAGAUCCCCCUUAUAGAGCGACUCUCUAUUGUUUGCUGCAGCAGCUUGGCUGCACUGCCGGAUGAUAUUGGAAGGUUGUCCCGUAGUUUGAGGAGGAUAGAAAUCAGAGAAUGCUGGCGGCUGAAAGCUAAUAAGCUUCCGGAUUCACUCUGGGUCAUCAUGCGGGUUGAUAUUUCGUGACAAGCUUGAAUCGUGUCAUGCUUGGUGGUUGCGUGUUCCCAUGGUAGUUUGAGCCUGGAGAUCAGAGAGUGCUGGUGGCUGGAUGUUGAUAAGCUUCUGGAUUCACUGUGGAACAUCAUGUACAUGGAUACAUCAUGACAGA